AUGGAUACUACUUCAUCUACAAUCCCAUCUGAUGAGACUGAAGAUCAGGUGUUGCAAUCUGCUUCUCCACUCUUGAUGAUCUCAUCUAGUCGAUACGGCCGGGACCUCGCUGACCAGCCGGAUUAUAGGCGACAUAAAUCUGGAUUGUCCAGGUGUGACCUUGAAAAGACUAGUCCGAAGGGCGAAAAGAAGAAUAUGCACAAAGAAACCGAAAGACAAAGAAGGCAAGAAAUGGCCGCUCAUCUUCGGUCAUUGAGAUCGCUACUCCCGCUCAAAUAUCUCAAGGGGAAGAGAUCGAUGGCCGAUCAUGUUUAUGAAGCAGUGAAGUACAUAAAGGAUAUACAAAGCAAGAUCCAGGAACUGAGUGACAAGAGAGAUGAACUCAAGAAAUUGGAGUCGCCCAAUUCACGUGGUACUGACACAAAUAAUUGGCCUACAUGCCCCCCUUCUUCUUGUUCUUCUUGUCCCAAGAACAUUGUGAUUGUCAAAUCUUGCAAGACAGGAGUGGAAGUAGCAAUUAGUACCGAGCCAGAACAAGGGAUGCCUUUAAGGAGAGUUCUUGAAGUUUUGAUUGGAGAUGAAGGAUUGAACGUGAUUAACUGCACCUCCGCUAAAGUAAACGGGAGGCUAAUUCAUCGCAUUGAAUCCGAGAUUAUUGGCGGGCAAACCAUCAAUCUGUCCACGCUGCAACAGAAGUUAACGAACCUAGAGUUUGAGGGUAGAGCCCCCGAUGGGGAUUAAGGAUUGUUUUAUGAAAUGGUAGCACUCCUUUUCUCUCUUAGCUAGUCAUAACUUAUGGGAUAUAAGUAGUGUUCAAGAUGUUAAAACUUGGGAUGAUUCUUAUAACUUGUGCUCUGUGUAUAUAUGUAUUGUGGUAUAUGAUACAAUCGAUCAUUUUCUGCAUCCAAGAAGAGCUUGUUGUUUCAGGAAUUAAUUGCAGGAAUGUCUCCUUUAUAUCUUGGCCACUUCCUCAUGUUCAUCAUCAUGAAGGUUUUAAGCUUAGUGAGCUUUAUACUGAGACAUGAUUUUUUUUG